GAACGUUUGAUCGAUUCUUCUUCUGGUCUGCCGGUAUAUCGACGUAAACCCCCCAGCACAAAUCCAAUUGAGAUCGAUCGAGUAAUUAACUCAUGUGAAAGACUGCAUCAGCCAUUUGUGUUGAUGAGAAAUCUGCUUCUACUUUUAAAGGUUUGCACCUGAUAUUUCUGAUAUCGAAUGACAUUUAUACAGCAUAGGCAGAAUAAUAAUGUUUACAUCUAUUGCAAUUGUCAUAACGAUCGUCUUGUUAUGGCUCUUGAAGUCUCUCCUACACAGUAAGCUAAGGCAUAUACCUGGACCUAAGGGUAAUAUCCUGGUAGGAAACGCCCUUCAGUUAGACAAAGACAGACUGUAUAUACAGCUACAGGAAUGGGGCGAAACAUAUGGUAAUGUAUUCAAAGUCCAGCUAUUCCGAGAUGAAAUCGUUGUGGUGAGUGCAUAUGACGAGAUCAAAGAAGUACUAAUCGAUAAAUCCAAUGACUUUGCCGGAAGGAGAAAUGGCUAUACAAUGGAGUAUAUGUAUGGACCUGUAGGUGAAGACAAAGCUGGGGCUCCGCAAGAUGUCUCGUUUCAAGAUUAUAGUGCAGAGUACGUGACGUGCAAGAAGUUUACCCACCAGGCUUUGAAGCAGUACGGAGAUGGGAUGGAUAAAAUUGUUUCUCUUGCUAUGGAUGAGAUACAGAACUGCGUCACUGAUUUCCUUAGUCACGGCGGCAAUCCAUUUGAUCCAAAAGAGUCUGUUUACAGAUGUACCUUAAAUAUAAUGAUCGGAUUGAUACUCGGCAAAAAAGUGGAACACGAUUCUUUUGACUUCAAAGAAGUGUACAAAAUCUUAAACAUUGGCCAGGAGAUGAAUGAAUGUGGUGAUUCCUUAGCCCUGGACAUUUUUCCAUGGCUACGAUUUUGUGGCAACAGAACUUAUAAAGCCUUGCAAAAUUUCAAGCGAAACAAAGAUGCCCUGUUAGUCUCGUGGAUUCAGCAAAGUGAAAUAUCUCUUCAGAGUGGGGAAAGAUCCAAUGGUGCGUGUGAAACUUUGGUGCAGUAUCUCAGAGAAGGGAAGCUUUCUUAUGGGAACGUGCAUGGCAUUGUCUCAGAUAUUUUAUUUGCUGGAGUAUCCACGACAUCAACAACACUAACUGCAUUUUUCUUGGUGUUAAUUAACAAGCCAGCCGUGCAGGAGAAGAUACAAGAAGAGAUAGAUAGAGUGAUAGGUGGAGAGAGGCUGCCGACUCUUAAAGACAGAAGUAAUAUGCCAUACACCUGCGCCGCAAUCCUUGAAGCUUUGCGUUAUACAACAACAUUGGCUCUGUCGUUGCCCCACAGAACUGUCCGUGACACGAGUGUUGGAGGCUUCAGUGUGCCCAAUGACACCACGGUCUGGGUGAAUCUAUGGGCAAUGCAUCACGAUGAUAGAUACUUCGAAGACCCAUAUACCUACAGAGUUGAAAGGUUCCUGGGUGAAGAUGGUGAUUUGCUACCACCGAAUGAAAGAAAAUCAUUUUUGCCAUUUGGUGUGGGAAGAAGAGUUUGCCUUGGAGAAACAUUAGCCAGGGCCCGACUGUUCUUAUUUGUUGCCAGUCUCCUACAAAAGGUUGACAUUCUCCCAGAAAAUGAAACCAAUAUACCAGACCCAGAUCCUGCCAAGUUUAACUACGCUAUGGUGAACAUUCCGACUCCUUUCAACAUAGUUGUCAAACAGAGGAAAUUAUGGAAUGGAGGUGCAAAAUGAUUCGAGCUAAAAGUGGAUAAUCUUGCAGCAUAAUCAUUUUAAAGGCAGAAAAAUUCUAAAUUAAAUAUGAGUUUUUGAUUUAAUUACUCCUUAUUCUAAGUGUAUUAUACGUCUUGUAAUCAGACAAAUUGAUUAACAGUAUAUCAAAUGAUAGGAAGUGGUACAUAAAACAACUGUCCAAUGGCCAUGCAACUAGAAUAGAUCCAGGUUAGAUAUAGAGUCAACAGAGCAAGCGUGAGUCAGCAGAGCAAGCCAAAAGUGUAAAUACAUAUUUUAUAAUAAUAUUUCUAGUCUAGGUUGCAUCCACGCCGAGUGUUCAGAUGAUCAGAUAAUCAUACAAUUAAAUUGAAAGCUACCCUAUGAUCAUCAGUAAAACAGGUAUGAAUUGUAAGGCCUGCAUCAUACUUAUGUCCAAUCAUAAGUUCGAAUAAUAGUUGUGCUUCAAAUAUUAAUUGUAUGACAUCACGAGACCAAUGUUAAUGCUACCAGGGGG